AUGAGUAAAAGUGUACUUAACCCCCUUCUAUGCCUCUGCCCUAUUUUGCUUCUAUGGUCUAUCUUAUGUUUAGUAUUAUGCAUUUGUUUAUUGCAGGUGUCCCGUGAUGAGGCCAUUGCUAUACUAAGACAGGAUGUUGUAGAAAAGUUACAAGAGAAUUAUCAAGACAUCGAUCCAUCCAUUUUAGCACAGACAUUUGGAAAAGUUACCAAGGAUAUUUUCAGGAAUCUAAUUCUGGAAGAAGAUGUCAGGUGUGAUGGGCGUGGUGUUCAAGACCUCAGGGAUAUCAGCUGUCAAGUAGAUCUCUUUCGUCCUCUUCAUGGUUCUGCUUUGUUUCAGCGAGGACAAACACAGGUUUUUUGCACAGUGUCUUUUGAUUCCCUUGAUUCUUCAAUGAGAGUUGACCCCAUCUCUAUUUUGACUGGUGGCAUCAAAGAGAAAAAUUUUAUGCUGCAUUAUGAGUUUCCUCCUUAUGCUACAAAUGAAACUGGGCGACCAGGUUCAGUAGGAAGACGAGAAUUAGGACAUGGUGCCCUAGCAGAGAAAGGUCUGCGUUCUGUUGUACCUGAGGACUUUCCUUUCACCAUUCGGCUCACCUCUGAAGUCCUGGAGUCUAAUGUCUUGGUCUUUGUUCUUCACAUCUCUUUCUCUCUCUCUCUCUCUCUUUUUUUUAGAGCUAUUUCUCUCACUGCACUUGUUCAUAUCUUUCUUCAUAUCUUCCUCUUCCUAAGUUUGUUCACACAUGCACCACACACAUAUAUUCUUUCUUUUUUCAUCCCUAACACUCUCUUAUUUUGUUCAUAUCUCUUGUAUCUCUCUAUCUACCCCUCUCUUUCAUUUCUCUCUCUUGACCCUAUCUGUACUGAUCUGUUUCUACUUUUCUCUUUCAUGAGUAUCUCUGUUUAUAUCUAUGAUAUUAACUGUUCCACUAUUCUCUUUCUCUCUUAUACUCUUUCUCUCUCUAUCCCAUGUGGCUGA